ACCUCUAAAAUAUUGUCAGUACAAAAGAGCGCUCCUGGCUCAUGCAGCCUUGUGUGCACAGUGGGAGAGAGUGCAAACUGCAUUUGCUUAAAUGUGUUGAAAAUCUCUGGAAAGAGGUCCAGGGAAGAGAGGUUGCUGUGGGGGUGAGGGGGGACCACAGAGACCCCUCUUGUACCUUUUGAACAUAGAACCAUGUGAGCAAACUAUUCAUAAAAAGUAUGUAAUUUUUGUUUUUAAAAACACCCACAAGCAGAACACGUGUGAGCAGGCCUCCUGGGGGGUUGGUGUGCAGGAGUAUUGGGAUCUGUUCAUGUGAGCGGGGCAUGGCGGCAGGACAGGGGCCAGGCUUCCCACAGACCCUCCUCCCCAACCCCCGCAGGCAGGCCGGCCCGCCUCCUGUUUGUCUGAUGCCUGGGAGGGCGAGAGGCCUCCAGGGUGCCGUCCACAAGGAGGCGCAGGCCCUCGGAAAUCAGGACCAGAGCGGGCCGCCUGAGGAGGUGAGAGGGCAGCUGGAAACCGCCUCUCCCUGGUCUCUGUCCUGUCUCCCUGUGGGGACGCCUCGUGCUGUGGCGAAGGAAGGGCCUCUGACUGCCUGGGAGCGGGGGUCUGUUUCCAGCCCCUGGGAUUGGCUGGUCCUACCGGGCAGGGCGGUUGAAUAAGAGCCAGGCGGAGUGGCCUGGGUCCCCAGCAGCUCCUGCCUGGCCCCUGGUGCUGUCUGCCCCCGCCCUGCUCAGCCUGGAUGAGUCUUCCUGUCCCUUCAAGGCCUCUCCCGUGGCUUCACCCCGCGCUCUGGUCAGGCCCAGCGGCCCGUCUCGCUUCUCUGGAACCUGGAACAUCCGAGCUCUGCCCCGGGUUGCAGACACCGGUGGAUUUGCUUUGGAGCCAGAGUAGCUGCUGCCCCCAGAGUCUGGAGCCAUGAGCGGGUUUAAUUUUGGAGGCACUGGGGCCUCCACAGGAGGGUUCACAUUUGGCACCACAAAGACUGCAACGACCACGCCCGCCACGGGCUUUUCUUUCUCCACGUCCGGCACUGGCGGGUUUAGCUUUGGGACUCCCUCCCAGUCGGCUGCCAGCACCCCUGCCACCAGCCUGUUCUCACUCAGCACCCAGACUCCGGCCACACAGACCCCGGCCUUCAGCUUCGGGACCACGACGCCUGCAGCAGGAGCCACCGGAUUUUCCUUAGGGAGCAACACCCCGAAGCUGAGCCUGGGCAGCACAGCCCCAGCCCCGGCCCAGCCCGGCAGCUUCGGGCUCGGGGGCAGCACGCUCAGCAGUGCCGUCUCCAGCGCCAGCACCAGCACCUCCGCCCAGGGCGCGGCGCCCGGCGGCUUUGUGUUUGGCUCCACCGCAGCAUCUGCCGCCCCGCCCACCACAUCGACUUCCGGGGGCUUCUCGUUCACGGCUGGGAGCGCAUCCCAGACUGGGACCUCUGGUUUCAACAUAGGCUCCAUGGGGGGCCCGGCCCAGCCCCCAGCCCUCAGCGGGCUGCCCUUCACUGCGGCCGCUCCAGCGGCCACCGGAGCGGGAGCCGCACAGCCAGCCGCGCCCACUCCCGCCGCCACCACCGCCAGCGCCGGGCCCUCGCUCUUCACCUCGCUGGCUACUGCUCCCACGUCGUCCGCCGCCACCGGGCUCUCCCUUGGCACCCCAGCGACCACCACGGGGACAGCAGGAGCGGGGACACUGGGCUUCAGCCUGAAGGCCCCUGGAGCAGCUUCCACCACCUCCACGGCGACAACCACCACGACCACCACCACCACCACCACCACCAGCACCACUGGCUUCUCCCUGAACAUAAAGCCCCUGACUCCGGCCGGGAUCCCCAGCAACACAGCGGCCUCCGGGAGUGCGCCCAGCGGUCCCAGCGCGGCUGCCGGGGGAUCCGGCAGCGCUGCCCUGACCUACGCCCAGCUGGAGAGUCUCAUCAACAAGUGGAGCCUGGAGCUGGAAGACCAGGAACGGCACUUCCUGCAGCAGGCCACUCAGGUCAACGCCUGGGACCGCACGCUGAUCGAGAACGGCGAGAGGAUCACCAGCCUCCACCGCGAGGUGGAGAAGGUGAAGCUGGACCAGAAGCGGCUGGACCAGGAGCUCGACUUCAUCCUGUCGCAGCAGAAGGAGCUGGAGGACCUGCUGAGCCCGCUGGAGGAGUCGGUCAAGGAGCAGAGCGGCACGGUGCACCUGCAGCACGCAGACGAGGAGCGCGAGAAGACCUACAAGCUGGCCGAGAACAUCGACGCGCAGCUCAAGCGCAUGGCCCAGGACCUCAAGGACAUCAUCGAGCACCUGAACACGUCGGGGGGCCCGGCUGACACCAGCGACCCGCUGCAGCAGAUCUGCAAGAUCCUCAACGCGCACAUGGACUCGCUGCAGUGGAUCGACCAGAGCUCGGCGCUGCUGCAGAGGAAGGUAGAGGAGGUGACCAAGGUGUGCGAGGGCCGGCGCAAGGAGCAGGAGCGCAGCUGCCGCAUCGCCUUCGACUGAGGCCGGGGCGGGGCUUACUGCCUCGUGGUUGGGGUGCGGGGAAAUACGUGUUUGUGUGUUUCUGGCUUUCAAACAGUUGUGCUGUUGAUAGAACUGUUCUCUGGUUUGACUUUUCGUCUUAGUGAAUAGAAAGUAUUCUCAGUGCUCUGGGCCAGGCUGCAGCCUCGUGGGUGUGGUUUCUCCACGUCCUAGACCCUUUCCACCUGCUACAACCACCUGCCUCCAGUUGUGCUGGAGGAGGGCUGAGCCACCAGAGAGCCGCCUGUCUCCCAGCCGAGGCGCAGGGCCACCACUCUGCCCGGCAGAGUCAGAGAUGCAGGGAGGAGAGCUCCAGCCUCACGGAGCCAGCCGCCUGGAGUGAGUGAGCAGUGCAGAGAAGUGGCUUGUGGGUGGAGCAGACAGUGGGACGUUCUCAGAGGAGGAGAGACAGGUCAGAAGAGAAGAGCCGUCUCCCCUCGCCUGGCUGACACACCGCGUCGGCCACCCUAAAGCCGGGUCGGUGCUGUCCCGCGGGCCCACUCCACGCUGAGCUUGCGAGCGCGCCUUUGGUAACACUGGCCACACAGGACUGCAGACUCCUCGCUUCUCCGCCUCACCGAGAGGUGGUGCACCCUGUGGGCAGGGCUUGUUUCCUGUCCCCCUUGUGUGCUCAGCACAGCAGUCCCUGUCACAGCAUCAAACAGAUGUAGAGUAGAGAUGAGACCAGCAUAAAACGCUCGCCCACCGAAUGAAUGCCUGUGGAGGUGGCCAGGGUGCCAGGGGCAGCCACAGACUUGAUUCUGCACCUCCUGGAGUCGAGACAAACCUGGCUGGUUCCAGUGAGAUCCAGUGUCCAGGGCCAGCCGUGUCCCAGGGGUCUUCUGUGUUUGUCUUUACACUCUGCUAUACUCUGAAAUACCUACAGCUGUAUGUUGCUUCCCUAAAUAAAAUGUAUUGUGGAAUUUAAAA